CCCACUCUGCUGUUCCCACCCCAGGCUCACCAGCAGCUCCCUUGCCCUCCAGUGCACAUGAGAGCCCCCCUCUACGGUCACCUGGGGUUGCCUAGAGCCCCUCCUGCCCCAGCCAUGGAUCAGAGUGUUGCACUGCCCUCCGGUAUGGCUCGAGUUCCACCUAGUGCUACCACUAACCGUCCUAUCACAAGGCCGAACCAGGCUUCCAGGCCACCGGCCCCACAGCCCACCAAUGUGUACGAUAGAAUCGUAGAUCGGCUCAGCGUCAUGUUCCCUCACUAUAGCAGGCCUGUGCUUUCCAAGUUCAUUGGGGAGAUGCGCACAGCCAACAGAGGCUGCUUGAACUCCCUGUCCUACCAGGAGGUCAUCAACAGAGUGGCCCAGCUCAUCCUGGACCACCAGGACUCCACCAGAGAGCAGCUGAGCAGUGCUGGUAUGGGUGACACUGCUGGGCCCCCUUCGCGCUCUGACUCUCCAGCCUCUGUCCACUCUACUGGACCCCCCGCCCAUGUCUGGAAGAGUGUGGGUGCCCAAGGACACUCCAAGUCAAAGGCGUUGAACAUGGAGGAUCCCUGUAUCAUCUGCCAUGAGGACAUGUCCCAGGAGGACCUGUGUGUGCUGGAGUGCAGACACAGCUUCCACAGAGAGUGUAUUAAGUCGUGGCUGAAGGAGCAGAGCACCUGUCCCACCUGCAGAGAGCACGCUCUCCUGCCCGAGGAUUUCCCUCUGCUACCUGGCAGAAUACGCAGGGGCCACACGCCCGCUGCUUUCUCUUAAACACCCCCAGCUACCAACCCCCUUAUGCCUGAAUUCUAAACACAGAUUGAUUCCCAGUAUAUGCUCAAUUUCUGUCAGAUGUGGUGAUAAAGAAAUUGGACGAAAGUCAGGUGCGAUGGACCAGUUAUCGAGCGAUCUCCUUACUAUGAUUAUAUUGGUUUAUACUCCAUCAUGCAAUGAAUGUUGAGCUUUUUAUUUUGCGUCUAUCGUAUGUGCCAUUAUAUUGUUUUUACUUAAGCAAUUUUUUUUGUAGUAGACAACGUUUGUGUUAAAUAUGUUCAUAACCAUCAAUCACAGCGUUGUCAUCAGACACAUGUUUGAGUAAGUAGUGGUUUAGUUGGGCCUGGUGUACUUUAAGUGUGGUUAUGGGUUGAGCUAAUUCUGAAAGUCUUAAGAUUCUUGUGCCUGGUGUAAUAAAGUUUGAUUGCCAGUUACUUUGUUUGAAAAGUUGGAACUGGAGGAAAGAACCAACUGCAAUUUAAAAAAUAUUUACCACAUUUUUGUAUAGUUAAUUUUAAGAUUGACAGAUUUUAAUUAAGAGUUAAUCAGACUUGUUCAUACAAGUUCUAUGCUGUUGAAAGCAGUCAGCCGUAGCCUGAAGGAUUUCCUGACAACUGCUGUCAUCUGUUGGAAUCUCAGGAAAAACCUUUUUUUUACCGAACUCAUGCCUUUCAGUUUGUUUUCAACAAGACACCUACAACUGUUCCCUAUCAGAUAAAAAGCAUGUGAUUCCUUUUAAUAGAAUGUCGGGUACACUGUGUGUAUGUAUAUACACAAGUAUGUGGAGACCCUUUCAAAUUAGUGGAUUUGGUUUCAGCUACACCCAUUGCUCACAGGUGAUUAAAAUUGAGCACACAGCCAUUGCAAUCUCCAUAGACACAUUGACAGAAUGGCCUUACUGAAGAGCUCAGUGACUAUACAUUUUUUUUAAUGCAACCUUUUACUUAACUAUUCAAGUCAAUUAAGAACAUGCUUAUUUACAAUGACGGCCUGAGGGCACAUGGUCUCUAGUAGGCUUAAAUUGAAGAUGUGACCAAUGGGAGUGGCAAUAUCGUCUGCUAUUAUCCUGAGUAAUUGCCAUCCAGAUUGUCAGACCUCGGUGGCUUGUCAUUGUUGAUAAACAAUACUUUUUUCAUCUCUUCCACACUGACUUUACAGAAUUCAAAAGUACAAUUAUUGUCUUUCAUAAAUUGAUCUGAUGUGUACUGUCAGUGUUUGUUCCUGGCAUGUCAUCCCUAAGUUUGCUUAUCUUGCCAAUGAAAAUCCUUAAAGAAUUUUGCAAUAUCAGUGGGCUUUGAUGAAUGAGCCAUCUGAUUCUAUGACUGAAGGAGCAGCCGAGUUGGCUUUUUUUAACCAAAAUUUCAUUUAAGGUGCCCCAAAGCUUUUUACUAUCAUUCUUUACAUAAUGUAUUUGAUUCAGUGUAGUUUCCUUUUAGUUUUGUCACAUGAUUUCUUAAUUUGCAGUACAUUUGCCAAUCAGUUGGGCUGCCAGACUUAAUUGCUAUACCUUUUUCCUCAUCCCUCUCAAAACAAUUUUUCAAUUCCUCAUCAAUCCAAGGGGAUUUAACAGUUUUUAGUCAUUUUCUUAAUGGGUGCAUGCUUAUUAGUAACUGGAAUAAGUAGUUUAAUAAAUGUGUCAAGUACA